GGAGAAAUGACAAUCCGAAUGCACUAUGCAAAUUGUAAUUCUUAUAAUCCAGAUUUUAAUGGUGAUGAAAUGAAUAUGCUGGUAGUCCUUGAUCCAAGAUCACGUGGUUACGGAAAAGUUUUGACCGUUUCACCAGCUAUUCACAAACCGAAACCUUUAUGGACUGGCAAGCAAAUCGUAUGUCGUGCACCUCUAAAUUUGAAAUCAAAAAAUAAAAUUUCAGCUAAAUAUUCUUCUGAAGAAGAUACAGUUAUUUUCAUGGAUGGUGAACAGGCGUACUUGAUAAAUCACAAAUUG